AUGAAGCUCCGCUGCGUGAUCCUGCUUCUCCUGGUGCUGGCCGGCUGCGGCGGCAGGCUCGAGGCCUCCGCCAUCGACCUGCGGACCUUCACCGGCUGCGCCGUGCGAGAGUUCACCUUCCUGGCCAGGAAACCCGGCUGCAGGGGGCUGCGGGUGACCACGGACGCGUGCUGGGGACGCUGCGAGACCUGGGAGAAACCAGUGCUGGAACCCCCUUACAUCGAGUCUUACCACCGUGUUUGCACCUACAACGAGACCAAGAUGAUGACGGUGAAGCUGCCCAGGUGUGCCCCUGACGUGGAUCCCUUCUACACCUACCCGGUGGCCAUCCGCUGCGACUGCGACAUCUGCUCCACUGCCACCACCGAAUGCGAGACUGCCUGA